CAACAUUUAAAAGCCGAAAAUCUUUGCGGGCAGACCUUUUAAACUGACUUACAGUGGGCUAAAACAGACCGGCUUUACGCGUACUGUGUUGACCUAAAACUUCGGCUCCGUGAUGGCGACCUUUGAUGACCUCCUGGAGGAGGCCGGCUCCUUCGGACGCUGUCAGAAGCGGAUCUUCGCCAUGCUCUGUUUCGUGUCGCUGCCCUUCUCCGGCGUCUACGUGGGCAUCGUCUUCCAGGGCUUCACCCCGGACCACUGGUGCCGGGACCCCGCGGCAGUGGAGAGGAGGCAGGCCUGCGGAUGGAGCCUGGAGGAGAGCCGCAGGCUGACGGCGCCGCCGGUCAACGCCUCGGGAGUCGUGCAGCACAGCAGCUGCGAUCGGUACGAGGUGGACUGGAACGUGACAGAACUCAGCUGUGACCCGGUGAAACUGGACCUGAGCAGAGCAGCUGUCACGCCGUGCAAGGAUGGCUGGGAAUAUCAUUAUGAAGGCAGGAAGUCGUUUGUCACCGAGUUCAACCUGGUGUGUUCAGAUGGGUGGUGGGUGGACAUGUACCAGUCAACGCUCAAUGUGGGCUUCCUCGUCGGCAGCUUUGCUUUCGGCUACUUUGCUGACAGAUUUGGCAGAAUGAAGAGUUUCCUCAUGUCCAACGUGAUAAACGUGGUAGCAGGAAUAGCCAUGGCUGUGGUUCCCAACUUCAUCUCCAUCCUGGUGUUAAGGGCCGUCUUCGGCUUCAGCGUCAAAGGAGGCUGGAUGGCCAAUUAUGUGCUGCUAACAGAAAUGGUUGGAGUCAAGUACAGGCGCACGGUCGGCAUCUUGUAUCAGAUGUUCUUCAGUAUUGGGCUCCUCAUCCUUCCUCUCCUCGCCUACUACAUCACUGACUGGCGCUGGCUGCAGGUUGUCAUCACGGCACCAUAUGUCCUCUUUAUAGCUUACUACAGGUUCAUCCCAGAGUCACCAAGGUGGCUCAUCUCGACGAACAAUUCAUCAAAAGCUCUGGAAAUAACCAAGGCUAUCGCCAAAGAGAACGGGAAGAAACUCUCCUUGGAUUUUGAGAUAUUAACUGAUGAUGAAGCUGAGUCCACCUCUGCCUCUUUGUUGGACUUGUUUAGAACUCCCAAAAUGAGAAAACACACUCUCAUCCUCAUGUUUAACUGGUUCACUAGCGCUGUGGUUUAUCAGGGUCUCAUCAUGCGGGUGGGCAUAACUGGAGGAAAUGUCUACAUCGACUUCCUCAUCUCCUCCCUGGUAGAGUUUCCUGCUGCCUUCCUCAUCUUGUUCACGAUUGAGCGCAUCGGCCGGCGGCUUCCGUUUGCCUCCGCCAACAUCAUAGCUGGAGUCUCCUGCAUCAUCACUGUCCUCAUUCCUGACAGCAUGUUCUGGCUGAAGACCGCAGUGGCAUGUAUCGGCCGGCUGGGCAUCACUAUGGCCUUUGAGAUGGUGGUGUUCGUUAACACCGAGAUCUACCCGACUUGUGUCAGGAACCUGGGGUUGUCAGUUUGUUCCACUCUUUGUGAUGUCGGAGGGAUUGUCUCUCCCUUCUUGCUCUACAGACUGGCCAGCGUCUGGCUUGAACUGCCCCUCAUCAUCUUUGGCGCGGUAGCCCUUGUAGCAGGAGGUUUGGUUCUGCUUUUACCUGAAACCAGAGGUGUUGCUCUCCCUGAUACCAUUGAGGAUGUUGAGUUUCCUGAUAGGAGAAAGGGGAAUCAAGAAAAUCAAGAAAUGAAGCAAGCCUUGAAAACUAAUGAAGCAAUUUAAUUUAAUUUAAAACAUUUGGUCUAAAACAAUGGAACUGUUUAUAAAUAGUCUGGAAAAUAGAUAGAAAAUCAAGAAUAAAUUAAAGAUAUAGUUUUUUUCACAGUAAAACUAACAUGAUGGUUAACUUUUUUGUUGGCUUUCAUUGUUUUCUUCAUCCAGUCUUCAAAAAGGUUCAAAUUCACCAGGACAUCUCACAUCCCCUAAAAUUAGGCCAGAAAUCUCACAUUUCUCAGUUUGCAGUUUUUACGAUGCGGUUAAGAUACACAGCUAUGGCUGAUAAUCACUCGGUUUUACAGUCCCAUAUAUGUACUUUUUGAGGUUACACAUUUAAACUGAGGUUUUCUGUCCAGUCUGAACAUCAGUAUCUGCAAAAACUCUUUGAAGAAACCUGCAAAAUUUGAGAUGCAACAUAAUUUAAUUAUUUCCCUUUGAGAUUAAUAAAGUAUUUUGGAGUUGAACUGAAUUAAUGGUUCAUCCGGGAGGUCACACUACUACCCUGAACGUCUAAAGAGCUGGAGCCCUCCCUUUCCUGCUUUAAGGCCAUUAUUCAGGGAUCAAUAAGAAAGAAUGGGCAAAAAUGCCGUCUAUGAUUGAGUUCCAAGCAAAGGCACUACUGACCAAAGAGAAUAAAAAAGUCCCAUAUCGUGGUUGCCAAAACAUGUAUUGAUGGUCCCAGACACCUCGUGGAAAGCGUUAUAUAAGCUGACAAAAGUAGAACUUUCUGGCAGGUGUGCUUUCUGUUACAUGUUGUGUGGAAAAACUAACAUUUCAGAAACAGCCAUUAUACUGAGAGCGCAUGAUAAAAUAUGUGAUACUAUAAUGUCUCAUGAUAAAUGUGAUAUUGUAUAUGUUUAAAAGAGAUCAUUAGAUAUGUUUGUAAAAUACAUUAUAGUAAACAUUGUGUUUAAAAUAAGUCAUACUAACUGUAUGAUUUAAUGUGUUAAUGCCUCUGUAUACUGUAAGAUACAUCAUACUACCUGUCAUGAUAUAAUAUAUCACACCAUAUUGUGUUUGAAUACUGAAGUUAUCAUCUUUGGACCUAAAGAGGAAUGAACUAGGGUCAGCACGCAGUUUCAGUUAUUACAACUACAUACAAAUGAUCAGGCCUGAAAUCUGGGUGUAGUGAUGGACUCAGACCUGAACCUUCAAGGACACAUGAAGACAGCCACAA